AUGUCUGUUCACAGGCGGCAGGCUUCCCUUAACAAUAACUCGGCAAACAGCUCUGUCCCAACCUCUGGUACAUCUUCCUCGAGUACAAAUACCUCCGCCAGCGCUCUAGCUGCAGCAUUCUCCUUUGCUGGCCUCUACUUUCGAUCCCAUGCCGCGAAGGCGGCAUUGUUGACGCUGACGCCCCACCACCUCUUCUACCUCUUAUCUCGCAUGGAAGAGCUGGAUAUAGCUGUUGGGCCGAUGAACAUACGUCUCGAGAGUCUGACCAGCGAGCCUACACCCUCCAACUAUGUCUCCUUCCUGCAAACCCACAAACCGUCCAAAGGCCGGAGUGAUAAAGAUUCGAUACAUUCCGUGUCCAGCAUGCGCAGUGUCAUGUCGGGAAUGAGCUCUUUUUGGUCGUCCAUUGGCCUGGGAGGGGGUACAUCCAAAAGCGAGAAGGUCAAAGCCCUAACGCAGGCGGACCUCACCUAUCUCUAUUCUGCCUUUACCAAGCUUCCUUCUUUGCGCCUCACCACUGAUCACCGCGCACGGCUGAUCAAGGGAUACGAGGAAUUCCCCUUCGAUACUGCUGUUCCUUUAUUUGCUUUCAAGAACCUUCAACAACUGGACAUAGUGGAUCUUGAUUUCCGCCAAUUCUUCGGAUGGGAUCGAAUAUCCGAACAACUGACACUACUUACGGUCAAGCGGGCUAAUGUCAGUGAUCCAACUGAGCUACUCACAAACAUAGUUCUGGACGACGCUGAGAAACGUCGAAGACGGUCCACCAAAGGAGGACGUGGAUCUCCCACCAUGUCCGCCUCCUGGACAGUGCCGUCCACCCCACGAGCUGAAUAUGCACAGUCACAUUCCGAUCCAGGCUCGCCAGCCCAUGGAAGCUUGGAUAAUGAAGACUCGAUGGAGCCAGGGCACAAAGCGAAGCCGCUCUCUGGAAGCGUGUCUCCAAAACGGCCAAGUGCCUCUCGGCCUGCCAGUUCGUAUAGGCAUGUUCGGACUUACUCGUCGACGGUGAGAAGGACAGGAUCUGGAAGUUCCUACUCGAGCGAGUACUCGAUCCAGCCGCAUCGUAGCGAGAGCAGCACCAACAUGCUGAGCUUAAAUACCCUACCUCCCUCAAAAUGGCAGAGGCUGAAGUAUCUAUCCCUGGCAGACAACUCCAUGACCACCAUCUCAGCACAAAGUCUGGCGCCUGUAGCCAGCACUCUUCGAUCACUCAAUCUCUCUUCUAACCUCUUCAACGAAAUCCCAGAUAGCUUGGCAUCCUUGACGAGGCUCGUUUCUCUUGAUCUAUCGAACUGCAUGAUCGGUUCCCUCCAGUCACUGUCGAGAUCGCCUCUGCCGGCUAUCCUCACAAUUAACCUGAAAGGGAAUCGCUUGCGGUCAUUGGCAGGUGUGGAGAAGCUACUGUCUCUGGAACAGUUGAACGUCCAGGACAAUCAGCUCUCAGAUCCUAUGGAAAUGGCAAGACUCACGGGAAUACCGAAUCUAAAACGGAUAUGGGUCAAGCGAAACCCAUUCACCAAAACGCACUCUGAAUACCGAGUGACUACCUUCAAUCUCUUUCGAAAGACGCCUGGGUACGUGGAUGACAUUAUUGUCGAUGACUCAGGGCCAGGUUAUUCGGAGCGAAAGCAGUUGGUGGAUCGAGUCCCCGAGGUUGAGCGAGAGCUUUCACAACCAUCCAUCCGAAUUGCUGAGCAUCCGGUAAUAGUUCAACAGUCUGAUCCGGCUCAGCCUGGCUACAGCGAGUCAGCGGAGAUUGUCAUGAACACGACGCGCCGGAAAAAGCCUCCUCGAAGACGGAUAGUAGAUCUGGCACACGAUGAAACUUUUGCCAGAGUUCCUGACGAGGACUUGGCAGCGACAAUCAUGCCGAGUGCCAAUAUCAUGGACCAUAAUAACGUCCCGAUUCUCAGUGCCCCGACUAUAUCACAAUCACGAUUAGCCGAAGCAGUGGUGGACGACGUUUUCGAUGGUUCGACAGAGGCACCAUCUGUUGGCUCGAGCGAGCCAGCUCAACAAGAUGACUACCGAGCGAAAGUGGAAGCACUCCGACAAGAAUUUGGCAGCAAUUGGCUCAACGCCUUGGGUGACCAGAAUUGGCACAACAGCCAUCAUUUUGAAGUGUUGCAAGGGCAAAGCCUGAGCCAUGAUGCCUUGCAUCGGUCAGGACACCAGGUCAUGGUUUCUGGUGGCGGGCGGACACUGGGAUAA